AUGGACUUUGCAAGUCGGGCUCAUGUGCAGGUGGUGCUACUCACCUGCCUGGUCUUGCUAUGCCGGGCACAGGAGAGGGACUACACGGUGAAGGAGGAACAGCCAGAGAACGUCCGCAUCGGGAACCUGCGCAAGGACCUGGACCUCAACCUGGACACCGGCAUCAAGUUGUCAUCGCCUCUGCAGUUCAAGCCCGUGUACAAGACGGGCGACAUCCCUCUGGUCCGGGUGGAGGCCAACACCGGGGAGAUCUUCACCACCAACCAUCGCAUCGACCGGGAGAAGCUGUGCUCAGGGGUGUUCAACGAGAAACGCUGCUACUACGAGAUCGAGGUGGCCGUGCUGCCCGAUGAAAUCUUCCGGUUGGUCAAGAUCCGCUUUCUGAUUGAGGACGUCAAUGACAAUGCGCCCCUUUUCCAGUCCACGGUCAUAAACAUCUCUAUCCCAGAGAACACAGCCAUCAACACCCGAUACCCGGUGCCCUCGGCGUUUGACCCCGACGUCGGGAUCAAUGGGAUCCAGCAUUAUGAACUGGUCAAGAGUGUCUCCGAGUUCGGCCUUGACAUCAUUGAAACCCCUGAAGGCGACAAGUGGCCCCAGCUCAUUGUUCAGCAGAACCUGGACCGCGAGCAGAAAGACACCUUCGUCAUGAAGAUCAAGGUGGAGGAUGGCGGCAGCCCUCCCAAGUCCAGCACCGCCAUUCUCCAGGUCACCAUUUCUGACGUCAAUGACAAUCGGCCCAUCUUUAAGGACAGCGAGCUGGAGGUCAGCGUACCAGAGAACGCUCCCAUGGGCACGUCGGUUGCUCAGCUCCACGCCACGGAUGCUGACCUAGGCGCUAACGCCCAGAUCCACUUUGCAUUCAGCAACCAAAUCUCUGCCUCCACCAAACGUCAUUUUGCUAUUGACAGUUCCACGGGUCUGAUCACUGUUAAGCAGCCGCUGGACAGGGAGGUAACGCCGGUUCAUAAGCUCAUUGUGUUGGCGAGCGACGGCAGCUCCACUCCGUCCAGAGCCACGGUGAUCGUUAACGUCACAGACGUUAAUGACAACAUGCCCUCUAUAGACACUCGCUACAUAAUCAACCUGGUUAACGGGACUGUUCUGCUGUCUGAGAAUGCGCCCCUCAACACCAAAAUAGCCCUUAUUACGGUCACAGACAAGGAUGCAGAUCUUUACGGCAAAGUGGCGUGCUACACCGACCAUGAUGUCCCAUUUCGGCUGAAGCCGGUCUUUAAUGAACAAUUCUUACUGGAGACGGCAGCCCCGCUAGAUUACGAGACGACGAGGGAAUAUGCAAUUAAGAUAGUGGCCUCGGAUAGAGGCACACCUCCGCUGAACACUUCAGCUAUGGUUUUAAUUAAAAUCAAGGAUGAGAACGACAACGCACCCAUCUUCCCCCAGCCGGAAAUCCAGCUUUCCAUACCAGAGAACAAUGAUCCUUCAACACAGCUGAUAAAAAUCAGCGCCACUGAUGCAGACAGUGGACAUAAUGCUGAGAUUAUUUAUACUCUUGGCCCUGACGCGCCCGACGGCUUUAACAUAGACAGACGGUCAGGAAUCCUCUCAGUCGGUAAGCGGCUGGACAGGGAAAAGCAGGAGACGUACUCUUUCACUGUCAUAGCAAGAGACAAUGGCUCUGUGUCCCUACAGAGCAAUGUCACUGUCAGACUAAUCGUCCAGGACCUCAACGACAACAGGCCAGCCUUCACACACCCCGAGUACAACUUCUACGUGCCCGAGAACCUGCCCCUCUACGGAACGGUGGGCUUGAUCACAGUGACGGAUGCAGAUGCGGGGGACAACGCUGUCGUAACUCUGUCCAUCUUGAACGGGAAAGAUAAUUUUGUUAUCGACCCCCAAACCGGUGUUAUCAAGCCCAAUAUCACUUUUGACAGGGAGCAGCAAAGCUCCUACACGUUUAUGGUGAAAGCAGUCGAUGGAGGGCAACCUCCUAGCACUUCCUACGCCAAGGUCACCAUCAAUGUGGUCGACGUGAAUGACAAUCGCCCCGUGUUUGUCAUACCCUCCUCCAACUACUCCUACGACCUGGUCCAGACCACCGCUACCCCCGGUGCUGUGGUCACCAGGGUGUUUGCAAUUGACAAUGACACAGGUAUGAACGCUGAAUUGCAGUACAGCAUUAUAAGCAGCAUUAUCAUCACCUCCCGGGUCUCCCCAAGGGGUUUGUUUGCCAUAGACAAAACAACAGGUAACAUAACACUGCAGGAGAAGAUACUGACGGCUGAUCAGGGGCUGCACAGGUUAGUGAUCAAGGUCAAAGACCUCGGCCAGCCAGAGUCAUUACAUGCCAUUGCUCUCAUUCACCUCUUUGUAAAUGACACUGUUUCAAAUGCCACCUUUGUUCAAGAGCAGCUGCGAAAGAGCAUGGAAACACCCUUGGACCGUAACAUAGGGGACAGUGAGGUAACACCUCAAGCCAAUGGAUAUGUGAUUGUUGUCAUAGCUAUCAUAGCAGGGACCAUGACUGUCAUCCUGGUGAUAUUUGUGACAGCCCUGGUGCGCUGUCGGCAGACACCCAGACACAAAGUUGUACAGAAGGGCAAGCAGAGUGGCGAGUGGGUGUCACCCAACCAGGAAAACCGUCAGAUCAAAAAGAAGAAGAAGAAAAAGAAGCGCUCCCCUAAGAGUCUACUCCUGAACUUUGUGACCAUAGACGAAUCCAAGCCUGACGACCCGACCCAUGAGCACAUUAAUGGCACAUUGGACCUCCCCGUGGAGCUGGAGGAACAGACCAUGGGGAAGUAUAACUGGGCCACGACGCCCACCACCUUCAAACCCGACAGCCCAGACUUAGCCAAGCAUUACAAGUCAGCAUCCCCUCAGCCCACCUUUCAAAUCAAACCAGAGACCCCGGUGGCCCCAAAGAAACACCACGUGAUCCAAGAACUCCCCUUGGACAACACAUUCGUUGUGGGCUGUGACUCACUCUCCAAGUGCUCCUCAACUAGCUCCGACCCGUACAGUGUCUCAGAGUGCAGCUGUCAGGGGGGAUUCAAGACUGCGGGGCAAAUCACCACCCGACAGAACCUGGGCCAGACACCUGAGAAGACUUUCAACUCGCCACCCCUCAUUUGUCCCCAUAAGGAGGCCUGUCAGCUUGGUAAAAUAACUUCUGGAAAUACCCAGCGCCGUGUGACGUUCCACCUGCCGGAUGGCUCCCAGGAGAGCUGCAGCGACAGUGGACUGGGAGACCAGGAGCCCAGCAGCACGGCCAGCACCACCCAGCCCCUCCCCCUCGGCUUUCCCCAGGAGGAGUACUACGAGCAGACGUCCCCCAACAGCCGCACCGAGGGAGAUGGAAACUCAGACCCCGAAUCCACCAUCGAGGUGAACCUGCAGAAAGCCCUAGCUGAGGCCUCCGAGACCUGCACCCAGGAGUGUCUGAUCCUGGGCCAUUCAGACAGCUGCUGGAUGCCCCCAGCUCUGGCCCAGUUCCAAUCUCAGGACAGCCACAGCCCCACGUCUGUCCCCACCACCGCCGCCGCCGUGAACAUCACAGCUGGUACCCUGCCCUCCUUCGGCUUCCAGCAGAGCUGGGCCCGGGGAGACAAAGGCAACAUGAGCAGCAUGGGGGUAAUGGAUGGCCGCCACACCCUUGGCAGAUCCGUGCCCAAAAAAGACGAACUGGACAAAGGGAUCAACCGGCCGCAGUUCUACAACACCCUGGACAGACACUGCGGUAGUAAGAAAGAGGACCCCGUCAAAGUCAUUCCCCUGGCGAGCUUCUCCUCACCCGGGCAGCAAACGUCCAGCAACGGGGGCAGCGCCUCCUUCUUACACGAGCAUCAGUUGUAA